GACGAUGGCGGCGGGACGGGGGGAGUUCUUUCGGAGUCUUCUGGCGGGUUUGGAGAGGCACCCCGCCCAGCCGGCUCCAGGCGGACGACAGCCGGUCCGUGGCAGGGGAAAGCCAGGUCCGGGCGGAGGACAGGCGGAUCCGGACCAGAGACGGGCGGGCGGCAGAGGGAAGCAGAGGCGGCCGAAGGUAGCGCCGAGCCCGGCCAGCGGGAGUGGUCGCAGCUGCCCAGAAGCAAGAACGGAGAAAAAGAAAGCAGAUUUCCCCAAAAUCCGAACUCCUCCAUCCAAGGAAAAUUUAGUGGAGAGGCUGCCGCCUGAGAUUCUGAUCAAGAUUCUGUCCUACCUGGACGCCUCGUCGCUGUUCUGCAUCAGUCACGUCAGCAAACUUUUCCACCGGCUUGCCAAUGAUGAUGUCAUGUGGCAUAAGAUUUACAUGUCAGAAUUUGGGAGUCUGACGUGGAAGCCGAAGUCGGUGGAUGACGUAGCGAUGAAGGAGGGCCCGGUGGAGGUGGGGGAUAGUUCGAUGGGCCGCUGGAAGAGGAUGUUCUUCAGGACUGUGGCUGGACAGGAGAUGAGCAAGUGGAGGAGAGAGCUGAGAGACAUCAGUCCAUACACCGGGCUGCCCAGGCAGACAGAGUGGGUCCUCAGGAACCUGAAUGUCAGCUGGGAGCUGACGGUGUGUGAUUGUUGGGGACGGGAGAGAACGCUGGAGCCGAGCCGAGCGUACUUCUUCGAGUCCUCGGUGGUCAUCCGCUGGGGCGGGGGCAACCUCACCAGCUACCGUCACAUCAGUAGCAUCCACCUGCAUGGAGUCAGGAAGGAGACGCUGAAGAGCCCCGAAGUCAGGAGGCCUGACUGGCGAUCUCUGAUUUUAAAGCUGGACAUGAAGACUCAGCCCGGUCACUUCAUUGGCAAAGACCGACUGAUCAAACUGAUGCAUCUGUCACCGGGUGUCAUCGUGGGCAUCUGGAGGGGUCAGAGCAGUGUUGCCUUCAUCAUGGUCACCCUGCACUUCCACAAACUGGUGGAGAAGAGUCUGCUGGGAUCUCCAGUCUGCCCGUACUCUGAACCGGUGGACCGGCCCCCCGUGUAUAACUUGGACCCUGAGUUUGGUCUCCACAACUACACUCUGCACUUUGUCCUGCACAACACCGGCACCGAGAUCAUGUCGGGACACUUCCGCCAGCUCUCCUGUGGCACUGUUCCGAUCCAGCAUGGACUGGUGGAGCUUAAGGUCAUCAACAGGACCAACUUGUCCCAGCACAGGUCGCUGUCUGGAAGCGUCAAGCUGCCCUGGAAGAGCGAGGCGCUGGAGGGCUCAGUGGAGCUGAGCGGCUGCAUCAUCCUGGGCGUGUCCAUCUACCUGAAAGUCAGCAAGGACGGGAACCUGAUCACCAACGAGUCUCUCCCCGGCAUCGACCUGAUGAUCGCCAUCGGGGUGAUCAUCAUGGUGCUCGGGUUCCUGGGCUGCUGCGGAGCCAUCAGAGAGAACCGCUGCAUGCUGCUGCUGUUCUUCAUCACCCUCCUCCUCAUCUUCAUCCUCCUGCUGGCGGCGGGCAUCCUGGGAGCCGUGAGCGAGAAGAAGGUGAAGGACUGGAUGAAGCAGCGUCUGGAAAAAUUCCUCCCGCUGUCACAGCAACCAGAAAACGUGAGGGUUGACCUGGAGAAGCUGCAGCGGGAGCUGAAGUGCUGUGGUCUCGUGAACGGACCCUCGGACUGGGAGACUGUGCCGGCCUCCUGUAACUGCAACGCCACCGUGUCAGACUGCAAGUCCUCCGCCAUCUACAACGAGCCCUGCGCCACCAAGAUCAUCAGUCUGAUGGAGAAGCACAUGGAGGUGGUGCUGGGAAUCGCCUUCGCCAUCGCCAGCCUGCUGAUUUUCGGCAUGGCCUUCUCCAUGAUCCUCUACUGUCAGAUCGGCAGGAAGGACGCCGCCGCCGCCACGGCCAACGCCUGAGCCCCCACCCUCGCUGCCUUGCAACGGCCAAUCGGCGGUGCAACAUCUACCUACCCUCAGUGCUACUGUAACUUGACCUGUGCUUUUAUUGUGAAGGAACGCGCUGAUAUUUUGGCAUUCACUGUACGGAUUCUCAGAUGUGGGCAAAGAUUAGCAGAGCUACGUGUGAAAAAUGGGGCAUUAAUAAAUGAUUUAGACGCGUCCUAGAGAGAAAAGUGAAGUGAGGAGAUUUAAAUUAAACAAGCGAGAAGAAAAUCUGUGUUUUCGAAUUUACUGAAUGGAAUUAAUCCUAAGCGUUGACUGAGCCCGUCUGGGCGGGACAGCAAGGAGGUGGAUUUCCCACAAUAUCAGAGCGUUCCUCGGCCUUUACGGAAAACCUGUGAGAACUCACUUUAUGGACGCCGACGGGAUGACUGUCCACUCGGCUUCAAGGAACAAAAUUCAGGUGAAUGUUUGGUCUUCAUAUCGUCUUGAGCUUAUUGCCUGUGGAGGCCCAUCGCUGCCGGGGAAAAAAAAAAAAGUCCAUAUAACAAACUGUUGCGUGGGAUUAAAAAAACAAAAAGUACAAUUCAUGAGUAAUCAAGAAUAACUUAUCCUCUCACAUGAAUCAUCUGUACAUCAAUAAUAUUUCCCUCGUAAUUGUGACAAAUUCUUGAAAAUGUUACUGACGUACUCAUAAAUCUAGACUCAUCUUUUUUAGCCAAGGUCUUUAUUCAUGUAGUGUGUCCUGUAAUGUUUCCUUGAGUUAAAUGACGGUUGCUUAGAUCUGAAAUUCAUUAUCAUCAUGUGCCAAGUCGUAGUUUUGAAAACCAUCAUUUCUUCUUCUUCUUCUUCGUUCCGGGGGGGUCAGAAUGGGCUUCCACGGGCUUGUGUGCGAACACUUCCUGCUGUAACUGUCUGUUGCGACGUUUGCUGCCAUAUUCCGGAGAAUAUCACGAGGUCGACGUGUUGUGCUCGUGCUGUUGUAACAUAACUCCUUAAACCUUUCAGAGACACAAGCUAUAAUAAAUAUUGUCAUUAUAAAACACAAAGCCUUGAAUGUGACACUGCUGCAGAGAUUUAAUACCUUGGACCAAGUUAAUAUCACUGUUGUUUUUAUCAUGAAAGUUCAUAAGCUUCGGUUAAAUCUUGCUUCUUUGCUCAGAAUCUUGUUGCCGUUUCACUUAUGAAUGAAUGUUUUGGUUUUUGCUUUUUUUUUUUCCUGCGUGUGUUUGUUUUUAACUGGCACCGGUUGAGAACAUGAAGGAUGUUUUUAUUUCUGUGUAUUUUUACCUCCCAACUGAACCGAGUGUCCCACUGUACCAGUAGCUCUGCAACAUUUGCUCAUCCUUUCUUUUAAUAGUCCACCAGGGAAAUAAAAACGAAAGUAAAUGAUGACCGAUUAUCCCAUAAUUAUUUGCAAGUAAACAAGAAGUAAUUCUUUAGCUGCUGGGUCAUAAUUAUGUGAUGCUCAGGAAUUUUUAUUUUCCUGCAAUAAAAACGGCUUCCAAAAAGUUUAUAUUAAGUAACAAAUGUAAAA